GACCAAAUCAUGGCGCCAUAACGAAAGAAAUCAGCUAUCGUCACGGCGACAGAGCAACAAUAUCGCGGGAGUAAUAGUAGCACCUGUAAACAACCCAUGCGUAUCUCCUUCCCAAACAUAGGGGGGAGACCGCUCCAGUCUCCACCCUCCACCCUCCACCUCCCCUCCAGUCGCCAGACGACGCCACCUCUGCCGCCUGCCGCCGCCCGUCUGCGGAAUGGUCUGCGCCCCGACGGCGGGGGUGGAGGUGCUGCCGCCUCGCGGGGGUGUCUCCGCCCGGCGCUCCUGGCCGCCGAGCUGCGGCCGCGUCCCCGAGGGCGGCGGCGGCGAGAGGGGCGUCCAGGGCACGGCGGACGAGGCGGCCGGCCACGCGGGCGUUUCCUCUGCGGCGUGCAACGGCGGGCUCCCGCGCGACCCCCCUCAGCCUCAGCCGCAGUCGCCCGGCGACGGGGAUGCGCGUCCCUCGGAUGGCCAGGCAGAUAUCAGGGCGCUUGAUGUGAUGCCGCUGGCGUUCGCUGCCCCUCGGAAAUGUGCCGUUGCUCCUGCUAAUGGUUCCAUGGAAGAUGGGGGUCAUAUGGUCGAUUCGUUGAAUGUGGAGGGGCAAUUGGUCAGGGAUGAGGAUGUUGUUAUUGGCAAUGGAGAUGGCAGUGUUGUGGGAAGCAGAGUGGGCGAUGGCGAAUUGGAGAGGGAGGAGGACGAGAGCAGAAAGAAGAGGUGGUUGGCAUCUGUCAUGAAUCCGCCUCCCAAGAGAAGAGCGGUCUCAGCCAAGCGCAAAUUUCCGCCUGGCUGUGGGAGUGUUGCUGUUACCGCCAUCGGCAUCGGAGGUUGUGGUGUUUCUCCGAUGUUGAAGCGAGAUGAUUCUAAUCACGAAACGGAAGGCAAAAGAGAAGAGGUCGGAGGUGCCACCGAGGCACACAAUCAUAUGCAAGAAUCUCAAGUCGUUAAUUGUGUCGCUCCAGAUGAUUUUGCAGACCGUCCACGGAAUUAUGUUGGUCAUGGCACUUCUCCGAUUUUGAGGCGAGAUGAUUCUAAUAACGAAACGGAAGGCAAAAGAGAAGAGGUCGGAGGUGCCACCGAGGCACACAAUCAUAUGCAAGAAUCUCAGGUCGUCAAUUGUGUCGCUCCAGAUGAUUUUGCAGACUGUCCACAAAAUUAUGUUGGUCAUGGUGCUUCUCCAAUUUUGAGGCGAGCUGAUUCUAAUCACGAAACGGAAGGCAAAAGAGAAGAGGCCGGAGGUGCCACUGAGGCACACAAUCAUAAGCAAGAAUCUCAAGUCAUCAAUUGUGUCUCUCCAGAUGAUUUUGCAGACCGUCCACGAAAUUAUGUUGGUCAUGGUGCUUCUCCGAUUUUGAGGCGAGAUGAUUCUAAUGUGGAAAUGGAAGGCAAAAUAGAAGAGGUUGGAGGAGCUACCGAGGCACACAAUCAGAAGAUCCAAGAAUCUCAAGUCGUCAACGUUAUUGUUCAAGAUGGUUUUGCAAGAGACCAACAUGGCCAUGAUAAUCCACUAAAUGAUGUUACAAGCGACUCACCAAGACAUAGUUUCUUGGAGCAGAUGAAUGGUAGAAGAGUAUUACGUGAAAGGAAGCGCGCACCGCUAGUAGCGAGGAACGCUGAGAUUAGAAGCAAACGCGAAGGACGCUUGCAUCAAGGCACUCCGAGGGCUCAUCCGAGAGGCCCUCUUAAUGUGAAGAGAAAGGGCAAGAGUUCAGAGAUUGUCAAGAUCAAUGUGACAUUGGUAGAUGAUGCAGGUGUGCUUGAUGUGAUACGCUCGGCAUCUAAGUGUGGAGACCAUGUUGCGACCGAUCAAAUUGAAGAUAAGGAUGGUGUGGGCCUUAAUACUAAUAGGGUAAUUAUACAAGCAUUGAUGGCUCCAGACAGAUGCCCUUGGAUGCAACGAAAGAAAUCUAUUGGUAGUGUUCCUAAAUCGCUUGCUCCUAGGAACAAUGUGAAGAAGAAGGUUGCUACUCCAAGGAAAGAAUUGCGCUUUAAAGUUACCCCUUCUACAUCGGCUAGGCUCAAGGCAAGAGAGGACGGAGAAGAUUCCUUAGAAGAUGAUGAGAAAUCUUUGGCAGCACUUGCGCAUGAAAGAAAUAAUAAAUCAUGCGUCAACAUCCCUCGAUGUGCUCCUUCCGAUGACUCGAGUGUUGAUACCCGAAGCAAAGUUACGAAGAUUGAUGAGAGAAGUCGAUUGCUCGAUCCAAAGGAUAUACCACUUGUAGCGGGGGUUGGUGAUGUAAAAAACAAAUGUGAAGGAAGCUUGCAAGAAGGUACUUCGAGGACGCAUGUGAGAGCUCUUGUUAAUGUGAAGACAAAGGGCAAGAGACCAGAUAAUGUCAAGGUGAAUGUGACAUUGCUAGAUGAUAGGAGGGUCUUUGAAGAUGACAAGACGGGAAACCAGAUUUCAAGAACUCGAAGAGGAGUGGCGCGCUCCUCAAAUAUUAAAAACAUGAAGAAAGGCAUGUUUGCUCAUAAGUUAAAGCAUGAUGGCAUCAGCAAGGACUCUGGGAAUAGGUUCAUGAAGGAAUCUAAGUGUGGGGAUCAUCUUCCGACCGAUCAAAUUAAAGAAAAUGAUAAUGUGGGCCUUGUCACCAACAAGAUGACUGUAUUAGCAUUGAUGGCUCCUGACAAAUGCCUGUGGACAGAAGGGAAGAGGCUUAUUGCUGGUGUUUCUCAGUCUCUCACUUGUAGGAAUAAUAACUCUCUUACCGUUCGUGAAGGCCUUUGUUUGCCUGACAUAUCUCAAGGAAAAGAGAGCAUUCCCAUAUGUGUGAUCAACACAAUUGAUGGCGUGCUGCCAACGCCAUUUAAGUACAUUACCAAAGUCAUAUAUCCGCCCUCAUAUGCAAAAGCACCUUCAGUAGGCUGUGACUGCACUAACGGUUGCUCGGACUCUAGUGAAUGUGCUUGUGCUGUGAAAAAUGGAGGGGAGAUCCCAUUCAAUUUGAAUAGCGCAAUUGUUUAUACAAAGCCUCUCAUAUAUGAGUGUGGCCCAUCAUGCAGGUGCCCGCCAACAUGCCACAAUAGGGUGAGCCAGCACGGCCCCAAAGUUCCACUGGAAAUAUUCAAGACUGGGAAGACAGGUUGGGGCGUAAGAUCCCUCAGUUUUAUCCCUUCAGGUAGUUUCGUGUGCGAGUAUGUAGGUGAGGUAUUGCAAGAGACAGAAGCUGAGAGGACAGAAAAUGAUGAGUACCUUUUUGAUAUUGGUCGUGACGAUGACGAUGAUGAAGAAGAAGAAGGUCCAGAAUCUUCUAAAUCCGAGAUGACGGCGGAGGGCUUGGGCUAUACAAUAGAUGCUGCAAAGUGUGGUAAUGUUGGAAGAUUCAUCAACCAUAGCUGCUCUCCAAACAUGCAUGCACAGGAUGUUCUCUGGGACCAUGAUGAUAGGAGGAUGCCGCAUGUUAUGCUUUUCGCCGAAAAGAAUAUCCGUCCUCUACAAGAGCUUACUUACGAUUACAAUUAUAACAUAGGUAAUGUGCGCAAGAAUGGCAAGGUGAAGGAGAAGAAAUGCUUUUGCGGUUCGUCGAAGUGCCGCCUCAGGCUUUACUAAGGUAUCGGUGACUGGUGAUGGUAAUGUUCAUAUUUCGGCGGAACGCAGUCCUGUCAGCGUAGUGCUCCUUGGUCUUUACUCUCCCGGUCACCUUGCAGUCGUUGAUGGCUUGUGAUGUUUUUUUCUUGCUACCCUAGCGUUGAAUUAGUACUGCUUUUUAAAGAGCUGCAUUAGCUCAUUCUGCUGUUAGUUUUAUUUUCAGAACCGAACCUGUACUGGGUACAUGAGUUCUGGCUGUAGCUUUUCUCUGUCACAAAUUUUACAUAAUCAAGCAUUCUUGCUGUCCUUUUAAGCAUUA